UUUUCUAUAAAGCGUAAGAGAGAUGCAGGUUCCCAACUCACGACUCACGUAAACCCUGGAAUCGAUCGAUCGAUCAACAGAGAGAGAGAGAUGGGGAGGAAGAGAGCGAUGGCGUGCGUGUUUCUGUUUGUAUCACUUCUUCUGCAAGCCACAAUUGAAGUUUGCUCAACUUCUUCACGGAAAAAUCAGGACGCAGGAGGGCAUGCAGCUAAAAGAACACUGAAGCAAGAAGAACAGCACGAUCAUGAAGUACAUUGUUCCAGAGAAAGAAGUAGAGCAGCAUGGAAAAUUAUUGAGCAGUAUCUGAUGCCAUUUGUGGAACAAGAGAAUUAUCAGAUUCCAACAAAUUGUAGACUUCAUCCUUCUAAUGAUAUAUUUAGGGAUCAGGAGCAGCACAAGAUUCAUUUGGAUGUAAAUGAAUUUCGCUGUGGAUACUGUAAGAAACUCUUUCGAGCAGAGAAAUUUCUUGAUCAACAUUUUGACAACAGACACUAUGACCUCCUAAAUGUUAGUCAUAGCAAGUGCUUAGCAGAUAUGUGUGGGGCUUUGCAUUGCGACCAUGUGAUUGAUUCAACUUCAAAGUUUCGUAAGACCAGAUGCAAUCCUGCAGCUACUGCAAAGAACCACCAUUUAUGUGAGAGUGUUGCUGAUAAUUGUUUUCCUGUUAAUCAGAGUCCCUCAGCGAACCGUCUUCAUGAAUUGUUUUUGCGGCAAUUUUGUGAUGCUCACACUUGCUCAGGAGGACCGAAACCAUUUUCCAGAGGAGGCCGGAAGCAUACGAGCAUCUUCUACUUGGCUAUUUCAAUAUUGACGCUGAUGUUGCUCCCAAUCUUCUACCUUAUUGUUUUUUUGUACCAGAGAGAAAUGAGAAAAGGAACACAAGAGCUGAGGCGUAUUUCACAACUUGCCCGAAAGUCAAAGCCCUCUUAGUAGGUGAAGCUCGUCCAAUGUCGAUAAGGAUAAAGAUGGGGGGCAAUUGCAGAAACUUGGAUUGCAAAGAUCUUAUUAUGCCAAUUUGAAUUUGUUUUCCCUGUAAAUUUUUUAUAUGUAACAUUGUGUUGAAGCCCCUGAUCCACAGAUUUUUUCGAUCCUUGGUCACCUGUUUUACAUGGUGUGUGACUGCCAUCAUCUCAAUGUAACGAUUUUUGGUGUAUAAUGAGAACAUCAAAGGAGCGUAAAAGCUUAUUUUUUGUGUUCUU